GCAUCGUCCAUUCCCCUCAUCCAAGGGCAACUCGUUCUCCAUUCCUCUAUCGUGCAUCAUGUCGACACGGAACGCUGUAUCAACUAAUCUAUCGCUGCCGCCUGCGCCCACCACCGCAUCCACUACGGGCUUAUACCACAAGGCGAACGUUCUGGCAAGUGUCCAGGACGCGUAUUGGAGUGAUGACGAAACUGAGGAUAACGAGUGUCCUUUGUGCCUGGAGGAGAUGGAUCUCUCCGAUAUGAAUUUUAAGCCCUGUCCAUGUGGAUACCAGAUAUGCAGAUUCUGCUGGCAUCAUAUCAAGACGAACUUAAAUGGUAAAUGUCCUGCAUGCAGGCGUGAGUACACUGAAGAGGCGGUCGAAUUCAAACCUGUGGGUAAAGAGGAACAGAAACGGCUCGCACAGAAGAAACGUCAGAAGGAGAAGGAGCGCAGAGAUCUUGAGGCGCUUGGACGCCGCCAUCUUACGAACGUGCGAAUUGUACAGCGCAAUAUGAUCUAUGUAACUGGUAUCGGACCACGGUUCGCAAAGGAAGAGCUUCUCCCAACUCUCCGCUCAAGUGAGUACUUUGGUCAGUACGGAAAGAUCACCAAGAUUCUUCUCGUGAAACGAACUCCUCCGUCCAAUUCUGCAUCACGUGAUCCGGUCGUGGGCUUGUACAUUAAUUACUAUCGAAGAGAAGAUGCGGUCCGUGCGAUAGCUGCUGUCGAUGGCGCAUCCUCUCCUAGUGGAGGUGGUGAGGUGAUGCGCGCAAGUUAUGGCACAACGAAGUAUUGCGUUAACUUCUUGCGUGGCGUGGCUUGUACGAGUCAAGGCUGCUUGGAUCUGCACGAUUGGGGAGAUGAGAGAGACUGUUUCACGAAAGAAGACCUAUCAACGUUGAAACAUACACUUAAAGACGGCGAGCAUCGACCGAGACCACCAACAACAGUAACUGGCGCAUCCAGGAAGUCCGAAGAUGCGGAGCAACCUGCUGGUUUACCGAAGACUGCGUCAUGGGCAAGACCUGGCUCUGUUGUACCCCCGGUCUCACCCAUCGGCGUGACUUCAUCUGGACUCCAAUCUUCACGACAAAGCGCUCAACGUCCUCCUGUCAGAGUACGAGACGCCCCUCCUGUUAGCAGGCCUGUCCCUAUCUCAUCGGUUUCACCCAAGCCGGUGGUUACCACUGCCCCGGACAAGAGACUUCCUAUAGGAACAGUUCGUGCGGUAGAAGCGACUUCAUCUGCUCCCACAGCGGCCGUGGAACCCACCCCGUCUUUACCAAAGCCGUCUGUACCCCCAAAUUUGGGCACUCCACCUCCUGGCAUACCCACUGUUGUCCCAUUAGCGAAGCCUGCUUCGUCUAAACCGUCUCGGCCUCCAGCACUGUCAACCCCGUCUGUGGCUCCACCACCGUCCAGGCCGCCCGGAAUCGAGCCGCCGUCAACCUCCGGCAUCGUUGCUUCCACCUCUUCAUACAGGAUGACGAAUCAAGGGAAAGCACUCCUAGAUGAUGUUCUCAAUCUGCGUGAAACUGCUCCAGCAGAGCCACUCAGCCCCUUCCCCGAAUUCGAUCGUACUCUCAUGAACCUUCAGCGUGGCAGUUUCAGCUUCAGCCUGGAUCUAAAGUCAUCAGCCGCGAUGCGCUUGGCUGAUAAUCGCAGUACGUCAGAUUGGAGUGGGCCUGGCAGUCCUACAGUUGCCAAGUUCGGUAAUACUCCGAUCAAUAUCCCGUUCGGGUCUGGGGAACUGGAGCAUAUGGCAAGUCCCGUGUAUUCGGGAUCUUUCAAUCCGUUCGAUCCAGCCAAGGAUGAUCGACCUAGCUCCCAAGGACGUUCAGGGCCUUCAAGUAGGGCACAAUCCCCCGCUGAUGACGAAAUUCGUCGCAGCUCUCGCUUCGGUUUUGCAAGGCGUCCGGGCGGUGGCCUUGGCACUCCUGGAUCUAGUUAUCGAGUUGUCCCCUCUCUGACUUCUUCACCGACCAAGUUCAGUGAGACUUUGGCGACUUCGUCCCCCGGUGUCUCAUCUUCUGUUCUUUUGCCAUUACAACAGCCUGCGCCUCCACAGAAUCCAGCAAACAAUUGGUCGUUUGGAGAGUACCCAGCGGAUACCCGGCCAUCAGAAUGGAGAUAUGCAAAUCAUGAUGUUCAUGAAGCAUUGUCACCCCAAGCCGAAGCCCGUGCGUUCAAGAGCUUAGACGUUGACUCUGAUGCCUAUGGACGGCAGGAUCAGAUUUCCGAUAAUGCGAUGUUGCAUAAGGUUUUGAACAUUGGAGGUAGCGUGCCCCUUGGCCACUCUCCGCACUUAGACACCGUCCGCGCGACGCACACAUACAACUCGCAACAAUUUCAAGAUCCUGCCAUCAUGUCAAUGCACCCGAACGCACCAUUCCAAGUUAGCUCCCGCUCGGUGUUGAGUGCCGGUCCCCCUCCUGGGCUUGCCGGUCCCACGCCUAACUUUCAAACCGAUCAAGCAAGUGUCUUCACAGGAUCGUCUCGUAGUGGUCGCAUGCCAGUCGGAAGCAGCGGUUCCUCUCGUAUAGGUGCUGGAUCGCCGAGCUUCAACAGUGCCAUGUCCGUUUCCAACGCCGGUGAUGGGGAAGGUGCAUCUGUAUCCGCCGAGGGCAACUUGCCGGAUGUGGAGAGCAAUCUUGAAUCUCAGUCAGUUUCAGUUGUUGCAUCUGCUCUGUCAUCCCCAGUACCCCCUGCUCGACUUCUUGAAGCUCCUCCUACUCAGCCAACCUUCCCUGCUACUGUCGAGCUGCCACUAGUUUCCGAAGUUGAAGUACCGGCUUUGACUGAUGCGGACUUCCCUGCUUUGCCUACCAACCAACCUUUUGUGCCCUCCAGAGCACCCAAUAAACGAUCAGCAACACCGAAGCGUGUAGUCGAGCCCAGAGAGACCCCACCUUCCCUUGGAAAGACGCUUCUAAUGACGAAGAGCGUGGCGGCUACAGCCCAGAAAACAGCGCAGGUCAUGAACACUAUGACGUCGAUGGAGCCUGUUGUUGGCAGAGCACGCAGCGUAUCUUCGAAGAAGGAAUCCAGAGACAAUAAACCGACGUCUGUCUCGACUGUUCCACUAUCGCCCGUUACCACAUCAGUCGAAAAGGCGGGGUCGUCUAGGCGGCCCGUUUCUCAUACUGCUGCCCUUCAACCUGAGCCAGUCAUUGUCGCACCAUUCACAAGUCGUAAGACCAAGAAGGUAAAGGCCAGUCCCGUGAUCAAGGCCCCGAAGAAGCCGUAUAAGGAAACGACCCAGCCAGUGGAAGAUCCCGAAACGGCGGAGCUGGGCCAGCCUACGGAGACCAUCGACAAUGGAACAAUGUCGUCUGACUUGGAUAUUGCUGCGACGGGGGCGACGUUGACAUCCAUUUCUGAGGAAGUGCGACCGUCUCCAGCGUCUUUGGCCAAAAUGCUGAAUGAAGUCGGGCGCUAUCUGGAUGUGGAAGGACUGGCGUUCUUUGACACUGCCACUGUCAACACGAAAGGGCAAUCAAACAUUCGCUACGCACCGCUCGUCCACGCUCUCUCCACGCUUUCCGCCGGCACCACGUUUACUGGAAGCAUGCCGAACACAUCUAUCGAUUCUGCUGUCUCGUCUUUCCAGCAGUUGCUGGAGACGCUCACACAGACCAUCUCAGAUAUCCUGCAUCUUCUUCCAAGAAACACUUGGGACGAUAGCUCGUCCUUCGAUGGGCUACUUCGUGAGAUGCUGAGGGCGGAAGAUUUGUUGGACGACGUGCAGGAAAAUGCCGAAAUUCGAGACGAUGAAGUAGCCAACCUGACAAUAGCGCUUGAGAAGCGCGCUCGGUGGAUGGAACACCAACUAACCAAACUGGAAGACCUGCACCGUGACAUCAAUUCAGCUGCAGUCCGGGCCGUUUUAUCUAUGAAUGAUCGUGGCUGGGAUCCCACAGGCUCUUUGCCACGCCAAGGAGAUUCUUUGUCCAGGUUCGAUGGUAUGGUGUACGUAUGUACAGAGGAAAUAGAGGAAGCUUUGGCUGCUUCAAAGGCAGCUGAAGCGGCGGCGGAAGCAGAGCUUAAACAAACCAUGCACCGUAACUGUGCGCAAUUGUGGUGACG